GCCUGAGGUCCUAAAGGGGUCCUAGUCGCAUUCUCCCGUCAGUUUGGAAACAUAAACCUUAACUUUAUACAUUUACACUAACCUACUUUAUAAAAGAGAAAAGAUAGUUACCUUGCUACCUUACUUACAUUUCACGGUGUAUUCUUAACCAAAAGUCAAGCUCCAAGUCCGACUGGUUUUGCAGUAGUUGGACUACAAACGAUGGUGUGACGUCAUCAUCGUUUGACAAACAUUCAAAAUUGGUGGCGAAUCUGGCUAUCACUGCUGCUGGAAAUAUUAUUCACAACUGACUGGUUUGAACUGAUGGCUGGAUAAUGCGCAUACUUGAUGAUCAAUAUGGUUUAACAAGCUGGCUGCUGUGUUCACUGCAAUGACUCCCCUCAAGUUUGUUAUUAAGUGUGGGAACUUUGCUGUGCUGGUGGAUCUCCACGUUCUGCCCCUGGCCGGCCUUGAGGACACCAGCUGGUUUACUGCGCACCACAUCGAGGAAGCCACAGCCCUGGUACGAGAUGCUGUGGACCGCAGGGUGAAGCAGUACGCAGAGUCCCUCCACCACAGAACACAGCCCAAACAGAAAAAGGAGCUGCCACCUGCUCCAGCCUUUUUGGUAAAAGGAAAAAGUUUUCACCUGGUUGCAAAUUUUCUGAAACGGCACUUCAACCUCAGAUGUAUCGUGAAGCAGCUCUAUGGGGAUAUGCGUGUGUUUCCUGAACGCUAUGUAGUGUGUGUGAGCUGCCCGGAGGAUGCCUCAGCGCACUAUGGAAACCCGAGCCUGGCCGCGACUGAGCUGAGCGAACAAAGCCAGUCAGAGUAUUUUUCCAGAGUGGGAGAAACCCUAGAGCCUUCAAACAUCCCCACGAAAACAAAGAAGACUGUGCUUCAAAAGAUAGCCAUACAAGCUGGUGUCCAGCGAGAGCUCCAUGCUUCCAGUGCGGGGGGGGAACAGCAGGUUGACCAGGGAGACUGUCCCCAAAACCAAAGAGGGAAGAUUAAAGCUGGAGACUCAGAAUCAAGCCCAAAAGAGACCAGCUGUGGUCAGAAGACCCUCCCAGAGGCAGACCACAUGGUGCCUUGCCCCAGUGCCUUAAAUGAAGCUGAGGUUCAGAUUGGGACAACUCAAGAGCGGGGCCUGACCCGGGAUCAGCAGACCGGGAACAGUCCUCCAGACAGCAUUAAACCAACCGGAGUCUCUGAAAUCAGUCACGAGACGAGAAAGAGCAAGAGGAGCAAGCCAAGCGACUCAGGGGAAGACUCUCACCCACAGAGGGCCAAGAGAACGUGCCUUGAAAGACCUCCAGCCACAACUCCUCACAACGAGUGCUCCACACAAACAUCCAGGCAUGACCUUCCUCCUCUGCUGCCUCCCCUUCCUCCUGCCGAAGCCAACGCAGAGUCCAAGGCUUUCCCAGUCUCCGGGCGCACCAAAACCACAGUGGAAGUAGAGCUGCUUACUCCAGGGAAACGGGCCCAGAGGCCCCCCCUCACAAGCAAUAACACGGCACAGACAAACCAAAACAGGCUGGCCGCAAGUCUGAGGGGCCUAUCUGUCAAGCCUGCAUCCUCGGGCUCCUCUAUUAGUUCCAGAUCCACACUCGCAGAGGAGGGGAAUGAAAAUGUGCCCAGAACCUCGAGAUUACGGCGACUGAAGAGGUCCUGAGGGGGGGGAAGACGAAUACAGUAAAGAUGCCUGACGCCACGGAGAUAGAUAUGAUAUUGUGUCAGGCUACAUGUUUACCUCACAUGAUGUGCAUUUGUACACGUGUCACAUUUUCACCACAAUACAUAUUGGUUUCACGUGUGUGUGUGCGCACACACGCUGAAGAUAUUAAGGCAUUUCUUACAUGAGCAUUUGAGUUACACUUUGUCAAAUACUUGAAACAGACUUUUUUCUCUCCACCCAUAAGUAGUGGUGGUCAAGUAAGGCUCGCAAAUGAAAGUCAAAAAAACCUUUAAUUGGAGUUUAGAUUUGGUUUUGUGUUAAAGAUUGGGGAUUUCAGACAGGCAGGAGCCAUGCAGUACGUCAUGGCUCUCCGUCUCGAACGCUGGCUCCUACGUGUCUGAAAACUGUCCACUUUCCCCGCUGAAGCUCCGCUGUGAUGGAUGGCUGUUUCCAGAUUUAUUUCAUCACCUCAUUCUCAAAAAUCACUUAUGUAGUUAGAUUGCAUUCAUGCACAAUUUACAGUUAUUAGUUGCUAAGCACCUGAAAUGUAUCUCUAAAUGUGAGGGUAUUAUGUAGCUUUUAUAUUGAACCAAAUAAGUGUGGGUAUAUUAGUGGUUUUAUUUGGGAGUAGCAGGUCAUCUCUGGUAAUGCAGGUUACAUUUUUAGCUGCUGUCAACACCCAGUAAUCCUGAUUUAUUUGGAGUUUCCUGGAAAGACAUUUUGUGUUAAAUAAAUAUGCAAACAAGUCACUACUUUACUGGAAGCAGCGAGAAACAACAUGAAGAUUUCUGCACGUUCUUUCCCUCCCACCCUGCAGACUGGCUGAUCUGCAGUGAUGUUCCUAAUAAACCAGUGUUUCUCUGGAUCAGGGGGUGUAACCUGAGAUGAGUUAUUUCUCAAGAGCCAAAUCUGUUCUUAUCAAGACAGACAACAUGGUGGAUUAGUGAAAGUGACCCGUCUGGUUUAACGUUGUUCUCUAGAGGUGUUGAUAAUCUCUCGCUUUAGAUUUAAUCCUUUUAAAAGAGAUUCUGCAGAAAAAUUUCACAGGCCUGCUAGUUUAAAAAAGGUUUUAUUUAAGCCCGCUGCUCUAACCACACCAACAAGGGCCACAUUGUGUGAGGAUCAUGAGGGGCUGGGGUAUUUUUGUCUCCAGGAUCGACCUAAUGCGAGGAUGACUUGCUCAAACAUAAUUAGCUGUAAACACAUUUGGACAGAGUCUCUGAUGCGUCUCCGGCAGCGGUUCCCACGGCAGCGGCAUGAGAAAGCUCUCAUAUGAGCCGACAUGUUUGUCUCGAUGCAUCACAGACAGACUCUUCACUCGCGCUCCAGAACAAAGACAACUUUAAUUCUCUUUCCAUACAAAAUAUUUAAUAAAUAUGACUUUCAAAAAUAUAUUGCCAGAUCAACACAUAAUUCUCAAGUUCAUAACACAAAGUCAAAAAUAGAACAAAAUGUUGCCAUGAUCUCAAAGGGUUAACAAAUGAGAUAAAACAUGUUUGUCUUUAAGAGCCUCAUUUAAAAAAAGAAAAGAAACUAAUUUGCACAGAAACAAAGCGGAGGCAGUGUAUUCUAUUGGAUUCUACAGUGUUCCCAUUGCCCCCCUCCCCUCCAAGUACUCGGUCUAGCUUUUGAUAUUACGCUGACUAAAGCAGAUGGGAAUUGUGGCGUCAUAAUGACGUGACUUUGAAAUGUUUUGAUGGUUUAAACUGAAGCUGCAGAAGGACUUUUGUUCCCUUAAGUGUUUAUCAUUAGUGGCAAGCAAUAUGUCUGCCACCAUGUCCAUCCCUCGCAGCAGCUGAUCUGUUGUCCUAACUUCACUGCCUUCAAUCAAGGUCCUGGCAACAAGUAAUAAUGAAAUGUCAAAUGUGUGGAAAAACGACAAUAAAAGUGUUUCAGACCA